AGAGAAAAGCACGCACGAAUGGAAUCCCAAACGAAACGAAUCAAUCGUUCAAACAGCGACCAUGCAGCACAGGUGAGCCGUUCCAGUGGACGCAGAGAGCCCGAGAAGCUUCCUUCAGGGAAGGCCACCAAAUCCGUUAGCAAUCUCUCGAAACCCGCAGCUCCCAAGACAUGCAGUAAAUUCACCGUGACCAGAACGAACAGCAAGCCGAUUAACAAACAACUUUUUUCGGAACUGAACUCACCGGCCAAAUCUGAAACCGAAGUGGUAACUUUUAGGCGAAAAUUUCCUAUGGAAAAAUCCCUGACAAUGAUCGAGAUAGGGUCGCCUUCGAAGCAGCAGAAACCGCCCGGUUCCGCUGAUGAUCAGCUGGGAGGUUUUUCCUGUUCGACAACGGCACUGGCUGUUGGCGGCAGGGAUAGAAUGGUUAGCAAUACGAGUAAAUUGGUUUACGAAACCGGAUUCAAGCUGCUUCUGAAGUGCUGGAGGGAUAAGAAGAGGCAGAUCGAUCGGCUGAAUGCGCAGUUGAGUCAUAAGGACAAUACUUCCAUCAAAUAUCGAAAUCAGCUGCACACGAUCCAAUCUCUGUACCAGAACGAAUGCAAGAACCACGAGACGGCCCGAAGCGAACUGCGAACGCAGAAACAGAAGAUGGAAAGCUUGAAGGCAAAUCUUUUGGAGGAAAAAACCGCACAUCUGUCCAUAGUGUCCGAGUUGGAAGCAUCACUGAUCCGACAGGAAAAAUUGCAAUCCAAGUUGACCGCGACGGAGGAGGAACUGGCCAAUGCGAUCGUUAGCUGGCAUGGUUUCGAAAGCAAAUUGAAGCAACAGGAGGAUCGCUGCGGUUUGCUGGAAAGUGAAAAGAAGGAACUGCUGAAACAGAUUGAUCAUCUUGAAGAGAACUUCAAAAACUUUGAACGGGACUACGAGAGGUCACUGGCCGAGCAAGCAACCAGCAACAAGAUUUACGAAGCGCGACUGGGAGGCUAUCAACAAAAGGUGGAUGAACUUAAUAGUCAACUGAAUGUGUACGAAGCGGACUGUCAACUGCUGAAGGAUUGGAAUGUGCGACUGGCCAGUGAGCUUGCCCAGAUAAAGGGAAGUUAUCAUUCGACCUACGCUUUUCGAAUGCGGCGCUUUUUCACCAAUUUACCAAGGAAACCCGGAUUCUACGUGCAGUAUUUGCUUUAUCUGUUGGUGCAGGGAACACCUCUGCCUAAAAUAUCGUCGCCAUCGUCACGAAGAAUGGUGUCCUACGCGAAUGCUGUUCGUUAUUGAACUGUUCGAUUUUGUUAUGUUAUUAUUCUUUUUAUUUUGUAUUUCUGGUCAUUAUGUAAUAGAUCAAGCAAGGAAACAAAACUUUCUUUUUUCCACGAG